AUGAGCGGUCAAGAUCUUCAGGAAACCACUAGAGUGACAAGGAAGUCUCUUAAAACUCUUCAACACACUGCCGCUGAUAGAGAAAAUCUUGUGGGUAGACCAUCGAAAAGUUUAAAACAUCAACUUAGCCACGACUCUCAAGUGGAGGUGGAAGUAAAAAGGAAGAAUUCAUCAACUAAAGAAACACAAGCAAACUUAGAUUCUAAAAUCACUGUUGAUGACCUUAUCAAUCCAGAAGGUCCAUCUGAAAAGUAUUGGGAAAUCUUGGCUGAGAAGCGUCAAGUUGCUCUUCAAGAGGCAUUAGAUGAGAAUGAAAAGCUCCGUAAAAUUAUUGAAGACCUCAAAGAAGAAAAUGCUAUGUUCAAACAGAUGCUGGAUGAAGCUAACAGUUUUGUUGAAGUUAUUAAGGAAGAACUUGCAAAUACAAGCAAAGAUGACACUGGUAUUGAUGUGAAUGACGUCAGCACUGCUGAUGAGACAGCUGAAGACUUUGAAGAAAACAAGACUGCCUAG